UUGGCCCAAAGACAAAUUAGUUGGGGAGACUAGAAAAUUAGAUGGGCUUUUGACACUUUGAAACUCCAACUCCAAAACUAGGAUCCAAAAUUUCGAUCCAUCUCAAACCCAGAAACGUAAAGGUAAAUCAAAAGAAGGAAAGUAAAGCAGAGAAAUCCUAAUUCCCCUUUUUAGAAACCAAGAAUCCUAAACCAAAAAAAAAAAAAAAAAAAAACGAUGAAUCUUUACGCCCACGAUCUGUCUUUAUUUGAUUUUGCUAACUUCUCUGAUAAUCCUAUAAUCGGUAACCAAUCAUCGUACGAUUCCUUAGUCAGACCUCACAAUGAUUCUAAUGGCAGUGAUUAUGGUGAUGGUGAUGCUGAUGAUGAUGGAUAUGAACGAGUUUCUGUGGCGAGUCGUAGGAGCCCACCAAAGCACCGCCACGACGGGACCUCGCCUUUGCCUCUGGGGAUGGACUGGUCUACACCUCCUGAUAAAUGGGAUGGGCGGGACACUGUUUGGCCUCACAACUCCCAUACAGGGUGGAGCUACUGCACCACAAUUCCUUCUUGGAUUCUUCUACCAACUUCCCGAGCUUCAGACUCUGUUGUGUUUUACAGGGUUCAAGUUGGCAUUCAAUCACCAGAAGGCGUCACUACCACCCGGGGAAUAUUACGAAGAUUUAGUGAUUUCUUAAAGCUACUAUCUGAACUUAAGAAGAUAUUUCCCAAGAAAUAUGUGCCCCCUGCUCCUCCAAAGAGGAUUUUGAGUAUGAAAAACAGAACACUGUUGGAGGAGAGAAGGUGUUCUUUGGAGGACUGGAUGGAAAAACUUCUAUCAGAUAUUGAUAUUUCCAGAAGCGCCUUAGCGGCAACAUUUCUUGAGCUAGAAGCUGCUGCGAGGUCUUCAUUCGACAACAUGAAUCAAUCACAUGCUGUUUCUUCUGUUAAUGGUCUGGUUCCUUCAUUUCUGUCCAAGGCCGAUUCAGAUGUUUCCCUGAUUAUUGGCAGUUCAAUUGCAUCUCAUCAUGAUAAUGCUUCUUCUGAGGAGAUAUCUGAGCUUGGAACACCAAGGCAAGGAAAAGAUAAUUCUGCUGAUCCUUCCAUGGAACCUUCAACUUCUGAGCCAAAUUUGAUUGAACCGUUAGAAAAAAGCAUGAAGUAUGGCAUAUUUAAGAAGAACUUUAUUCUGGAAAACCUAGAAAAAUUUUCCAGGCGAAAAAUGCAUUCUGGAAGAGAAAGCAACAUUGAUGGCGAUAAACUUAUCGAAAAUACUACUGACAAUAGAUUUCUUCAUGGAGAUGGAGCAGAUCAUUUGCCUGAACCAGAGUAUCGCAAAAUGGAUGCGCAUGUUCGAAGAUUGUCAACAGAAAGCAUUGGAAGUGACAUAAGUUCCGUGAGAGCUAGUGAAAUAUCAAACUUAGGCAUAGCUAGUUUGUUUGGUGAUGGGUUAAUUGACCUGCCUGAAAAUGCUGAAGCUCCCAGAACCUUGGGUUCUCUUAGCUCAGAUUUACAUUUCCAUAAAGAUUUGCUUGUCCUUUUUCUAUCAGAUGAGCGCAAUAAAUUAAAAAGGGUGCUUAAUACACUGCAGAGGAGACUAACUACAGCAAAAACAGACAUGGAAGGUUUUAUAGCAAGGUUGAAUCAAGAAGUUGCAGUUAGACAGUUCCUUGCAACAAAGGUCAAGGAUUUGGAAAUGGAGCUUGAAACCACUAGAGAGAAUUGUGAUGAAAGCAUGCAUCAAGCUGUGUUGCUUGAAAGAGAAAGAUUUACUCAAAUGCAGUGGGAUAUGGAGGAACUUCGAAAUCAGUGUUUGGAGAUGGAGUUGAAAUUAAAGAUCGAGCAGGAUGAAAAGGCACAUGCUGAGUCAGCAAAAUUAUUAAUCAUGAAGGAGAGCAAAAUGCUGCUGCAAGAGUUAGAUGUUGCUAGAGAACAGCUUGCGAACUUGCAUAAACGUCAUGAGGAGUUAGAGGUGAAAUCAAAAGCAGAUGUAAAGCUCCUUGUUAAGGAGGUGAAAUCACUUCGAAGUUCUCAAUCCGAAUUAAAGCAAGAGCUUAGCCGUGUGAUGAAAGAAAAACUAGAAUUGGAGAGGGUUCUGCAGAAGGAAAAGCAAAGGAUGGAGCAUGCCAAUGCUGCAAAUACAAAACUGCUUCACGAAUGUAAUCUUCUUCGUGAUCGACUCCAAGAAUGUAGUGUUAAUUUUCUUAGUGAGGAGGAAGAUAAAUUGAUUGUUGAUACUUCAUCUCCAUCUGAUGCACUAGAUCUAUUGAUGACAUCUGAUAAUCGAAUCGGUCUCCUCCUUGCUGAGGCACAACUCCUUGCCCAAGAUGUAGAAAAUUCUGUGGGUAGAUUGGAUGAGAGUCUCAACAUGAAAGGCAGUGAUAAAAGAAUGGAUGAUGAAUUAAGGAAGAUGCUAACAGAUGUUUUUGUUGAUAAUGCAAGAUUAAGGAAGCAGGUGAACUCAGUAAUACGUUGUGCUCUCAACACAUAUGUGAAGUCUGAUGAAGAUGACGAGGAAGAAGAGGAGACCCCCUCGAGGAAAACUGUUCUGAACAAAUUCUUGUAAAGAUAACUAUGUGGAUGAUGACCAAUUAAAAUUUCACCACCAGAAUUAUAAGGUUGUCACGUGAAUUUAGGUAAAAAAAAAGAAGUAAAUAGUUCAUUAGGCAGCAGGUGAAACUCGAAUUGAAGAUGUGAAAAUUCCAGUAAGACAAUGACAUACAAAAUUUUUGGACUGUCAUGCUUGGAGAACGGAAAGAUUGUGUUGUUCCAUGCAAAUAGUUU